CUGCGUUCUCCACCGUUGCUUUUCUCCAUCCUUCUCACUUGUUCCGCGUUUACUCCCGCUGUCUUGCAGCACCAUACUCCUCUACCACCACACUCACGCUCCCCCCCGGCUCCUCUCCGACUCCUCUCGCCCCCGACUUGCAUUCAUGCCAGCAUAGCCAGCAUAGAGUAAUUCUUUUAAAAACAUUAUGCCUUCAGACCCCGACCCGUCUCCGGCCCUCACACAUGCCUCGCUCGCUUCCUCUCAUUCUCUACAGUCAGAAGACUUCCAUGUCCACCUUCCCUCGCAUCUCAACUAUGAUCGGACCCUCACUACCGCGCUCUCUCAUUUAGUAGAUCAUCUUGUAGAGCCUUUAUCUACUUCCUAUACCCCAGAUGUCCUAAAUUCGCUCUUGAAACAGCUUAAACAAGCUUUAUUCGUCAAAUUCCAGCCCACUUGGGACGAAGGCCAUCCUCAAGUAGGUAGCGGAACCAGGUCUCUUAUUUGCACCAAGUACUACGGCCUUCCACCCUCAAUGCGAUCCGCUGCAGUAAAAGUUGGUGUAGAAGAGCAGGCAUGGCGCAAGGCUAUUGCCAAAUCGGGCGGUAGAGAAGACAGUUCGGAUAAGGGCGACGAGUGGGAAGUAUGGUGUGAUCCUGGUCAGGUCGUAUGGAGAUGGGGUGCAUGGGAGUGGGAGGACCCAGGAUUCGAACCUGUAAAGCUUGUCCGAGAGCCCUUGCAGGUGAUCUGGCAAGCGGCCACAGAAGCGGACAAGUUGUCUCCCGCGACGCCUGCCAAAUUUGCUCAACCUUCCAACGCAACUCCCAACCGACCGUCUUAUGCAAUACCUAUCCGUGCACCUACUGUUCUCGCUAUUCCUCCUACUCCAUCCCAGGGUGAAAACCGACAAAACGAGGCCAAGCCGAUUGAGCUAGACCAUUUGCUCCCUGCCUUUUCUAAUCUUGGCCUUGGUCAGGCGCCUGGUCAGACUCAGCGCAAUCAGCAGGCCUCUGGUUGGUCAAGCUCUGACGCCUCGUCUCGAUCCACUUCAUUGGCCAUCUCUGAUCACGACGAGCCAGGUUCCCCUGAACAUGAGCGCCCUGCAUCACGAGUGUCUCACCGUGGAUCCGAGUCCCAGAGCUCAGUGUCUUCCUCGACAUCCGAUUCAAAUUCUGGCCACACCCAGCUUCUCACGCCUGCCACGCGUCCCACUACUGCCGACCCCUUCAAUGUCCCCAUGCUUUCUACGGAAACUAUAAAAGAUGGUAAGGAAAAGGAGGAGAAACCCAAGACUACUCCUACGAACACUACCCGUGGCCGAACCACAUCGCCUUCUGCUCUGGGUGAAUCGACUGUCCAGCCCACCACCCCGACAACUGAGAAUAACAUCACCCCCCGCGUCCCUACCCCUACUGUUACCCCGUAUGACGGCGGGAAUGUUACCGUCCUUGGCGGUGGUGUAAAGCUCGGUGGUGCCGGCUCUCAUUCGCGUACUUCAUCUACCCAUUCUUCUCACCGCAUCUCCAUCGACCGCAGCCGAUCUCCUUCGAUUUCUCUUGCGUCGCGAGCUUUGAAUACUGCCAUGGGACCCAAUGGCGAAGGUCGCAAGCAGCGCACUCGCCGUCGAAUCAUGCCUACUUACCUCGGCCACUUGGGUCAGCCAGGCGUGGGAGGGCCUGCCAUGGGCGUAUUCUACGGCGGGAGCGUUAGCCCUGGUGGUAUGGGGUUCGCACCCGGUUAUCAGCAUGUUGGUGUCGGGGUCAGCCCUCCUCCUGUGGGGAUACGAGGACCGAUGCCCAGAAUGGGGUAAGCGGGUCGAGUUCAAGUGUAUUGUCACCAUGUGUACUACUAGCCAUUUGACAUUCUGUUCAUUAACUUUCACCAAUAGUGACUCUUCGUUAUUUUCUGCUUUCCUAUCCAUAGCAAACGUUUCUGUACUUUGGUAUCGGUAGAUUUCUACACAUUCGAAUUUGUCUCUCUUUUGAUAAAACCAUUCAAUCCACAUACGUUGAUUUCGUCACUAUUUCCAUGAACUCUGUUUGCAUUG